AUGGAUUGGCAUUUGGCGCACGGCGGCGGCGGCGGCGGCGGUGGUGGUGGUGGUGGUGGUGGUGGGAAGGAACGCCCCGCCGCCGACCCAACCUUCAUCGACCUCUCGCACACGCUCGACGCCACGACGCCCGUCUACCCAGGCAACCCCCCCUUCCACGCACACCCCCAUCGCGACCCCACCACCGGCCUCUCCAUCCACGCGCUCUCCCUCUCCUCCCACGCCGGCGCGCACGUCGACGCGCCCUCCCACCUCUUCCCCGCCGCGCCCACCAUCUCCGCCCUCUCCCUCUCCACCUUUCUCGUCAUCGCGGAGAGCCUGGCGAAUCUGGAGGCGCUGAUGGAGGUGCAGGAGGGUCUGGAGGAGGGGAAGCGGCUGAUGGUGAGCCUCGUGCUGCUGAAGAUUGCGGAGUGUGAUGGGUCGCCGGUGGGGGCGUUUGCGUGCAAGGCGUAGCUUGGGCGCGACCCACUGGCAGAUCUCAGCGUCGUCGUCGCAGCUGCAUAUCCGUCGUCUCUUGAGGGUUUCGUCGGCUAAGAUCACACGCCCACGAUGUCGUCUCAACCGUCGCACAACCGCAGCCCCGUCCUUGGUCGAUCGACUGCUGUAGGGAAAGCACAGUGCAUUGGAACGAGAGCGCCGGAUUCAUGUUCGUCUACAUACUGCACAACUUGCGUCGCGAGCGCCGGUCGGGAGGCGGUGUCGGUCUGACUGUACUAUAUAACACUGCAAUACGAUGCCGGCAGACUGUUUCUUUCUAA